CCUGAAAUCAAAAACUAUAAUCAUAGACCAAAAACUUAAAAAAUAUCCAUAUUACCGGAAACAUAUUUGAAUAUCCAAAUAUAUCUAAUAAACACAACAUAUUUAUGAUCGGGUCUAGGGCAGGAUCCAAACUCAUACAAAGACCUGCCGGUUCAAAAAAAACCCAAUAGGCUAUCUUCUCUGGACCUGAACUAAACCUAUAUUUUCGAGUCGGUUCGGUUUGUUUUUUGAUCCAGAUAUAAUUCUCAUGCCUAAAAUAAACUUACUUAAAAGUGUACAUAUAAAAUCACAAAUAAACUAAUUCAUAGAUUAUAUAACUGUUAAAAAUUAUAUUUUUCGAUAUAAUAAAAUUUUGUAUUAUAAUAUAACAUAUUUUGACUUUAUCUUCUUAACCCCUUUUCAUUUCUCCUACCACUUUAAAAUCAUAAACACCUUUCCCCACCGCAAGAAUAUAUAAUUUUGUCAAAAUAUAGUGAAUUAUAAUUUUUGAAAAUUUGUAGAAGUUUUCAGAAACAAUCAAUUUUUUCUAAACACUUUUGCAAAUUCCUAUUUAAUUUAACAAACAACUUGUUUGUGUUUGUUACAAGCUCAUGAUGAAAACUUACACAAGAAAACCUUUUGUUCAUAUAAAUAAUAAUACAUUAUAAGGUUCUGCGACUGUAGUUCGGUAUUAGAGCAUCUCCAAAAAGACUCUCUAUUUUGAAGUUUCUAAAACUCUAUAUUUGUAGUUUCUAGGUACUUUUCUUCAAAAUCAAAACUUCAAAUUUAACUUCAAAUUUAUUUUUAUUUACAGCACAGUCCUUAUAUUUGUCAUAAUUAAAUUAAUCCAUAAAAAAUUAUAAAUAACUAGCAUAUAUGUAUAAAUAUUACAGCAAUAUUAAUUAAUAAAAUCUUACACUAAAAUAUAAAAUCAUAAAACAAAUACAUAAUCAAAUAGUAAACUACAAGAAAAUACCAUAUUAUUCCAUAAAAUUAUUUUUGUAAUUUUCCGUCUUCGGUUACACAAAAUUUGCCUCGACAAUAUUAAGAGAUUUUGGAGGUUCCGGAGAAAAUUUACCUGACUACUUGUUUUGUUGUAAUAUUUAAAUUUGUGUAAUAAUUAUGUAUUUAUGUACCUCUUUUAAAAAUGGUUUUAUUAAGUUUCUUUGUAAUAUUCUUGUUAUCUAAUUCUAGUUUUAAAUAUUUUAAAUCUUAUUUAUUUUUUUAAAAAAAAUUUAUGUGUAAAAAUUGAAUUUAUAAAAUCAAAUUUAAGAUAUUUAUGAGAUAUACAAUUUUUAAGGAUUAAAACGAUAAACAAGAAACUAAUAAGAAUUAUAGAUGUGAUAUGUAAUUAAUUGUAAAGACUAAAAUACAAAUAAAAAUAUGAAACUCCAGGUAUAGAGUUUUCAUAAGUGAAACUUCAUAUUUGAAGUAUAAUCUCAUAUUUAAAGUUUCACUACUAAAAAUUUUUUUAUUUGAAGUUUGUUUUUGGAGAACAAAAAAUAUAUAUGAAGUUAUAGAGUUUCUUUUGAACAUGCUCUUAGAAGCCUAUAUCACGUAAUUUAUUUAUUCUUUCGGAAAGAAAAUCAUUCCCAAUAAUAUUUGAACAUGUGAUCUUUUAAUUUAUUUAUUUAGGCGAUUCAAAACUUUUAGCCACUAAUUCUUUUAUUAAAAAAUGUUAAGUUUUAUGUUGAAAUGUUUUUUAAAAGUUUUUUAAAUAGGCUACUGUUCCUAUUCAAUAAAAUACCCCUUAGAGCAUUUCCAAAAAGAAACUCUAUUUUGAAGUUUCCAAAACUUUGUAUUUGAAGUUUAAAUAUGUUCUUCCCCAAAAGAAUUUUUUUAAAUCUAACUCCAAAACUAUUUACGUUUUAUAAUAUGGUCCUUACAUUAGUCAUAACUAAGAAUUCAUAAAACUUUUGUAAAUAACUAGCACUUAUAAAAAUAUUACAACAAUAUUAAUUAAUAAUAUAUUAUAUUAAAAUAUAAAAUUUUAAAUUUUAAAUAGAAAUAACAUAAUUAAUAUUAAAUUUUUAAAAAAUACAAUAUUGCUCCAUAAAAUGAUUAUGUAAUGCAUAUAUGAUCAACAAGUGCAUUCCGAAGUAAAAAAAUGACUCUCUUCAUUUUUAACUGUAGAGUACGAGCUAAAAAAUGUUGAAAUCGGAUGAUAUUAAUACUUGUAAAUACAUUAGAUUUGAACAAGAAAGUAAAAGAGAAAAAUAAAAUAUUGCUAAGAGACUAAAUUUUAUCGAUAAUAUUAAUACUUGUGAAUAUAUUCAAUCUGAACAAAAAAAAGAAUCGUACGUAAAGACAUCAAAAAUAACAACAACCAUCUUUAGUUACAAAAAAAAAUUGGACAGUAUUUUAGAAAUUUUGAAGGUUCCGGAUCAAAUUUACCUUACUAUUAGUGUUGUUGUAAUAUUUAAAUUUGUGUAAUAGUUAUGUCUUCAUGUAAUUUUUUAAAAGUUUUUUUGUGAAGUUUCUUUAGUAUAUUGUUGUUGUCUAAAUUUAGUUUUAAAAUAUUUUAAAUCUUAUUUUAAAGGUUUAUUUAAUUUAUGUGUAAAUUUAAAUUUAUAAACAAAAUUUGAACUAUUUAUGAGAUACUUAAUUUUUAAGGAUUAAAAUGAUAAACUAGAAAAUAUUUAAGAAUCAUAAAUGUGAUGUAUAAUUGUAAGGACCAAAAUGCAAACAAAUAUAUAAAACUUCAAAUUUUAAGUUUUGAGUAGUGAAAUUUCAAAUAUAGAGUUUUACUUCUCAAAGUUCAAAUUUUAAGUUUUGAAAUUAUUUUUUUGUAAACCAAAAACCUUCAUAUUUGAAGUUAUAAAGUAUCUUUUGAAGAUGCUCUUAGCGCCAUAAAUGUAUCUUGUCUGAGAACGUAGUAUUCCGUAUAUUAAAUUUCUUAUGCUUAGUACUUAGAAGUAAAAAAAAAUUUAAUCCAUUUUGACUAUACAAAAUAUAUCCAGUAAAUCCAUUUUGAUUCAAUACUUCUUCUAACUCGAUUAAGAAAGAUCUCGAUAUCUAUAAAACUUUAAACUCAAACAAAUAGUCAAUCUAUGAUCUGUUGAAAAUAGUGUUCACAAAUGUCAUUUAAGAAACAAUAUAUCCGUUGUCUGUGUUAUUUUAGACAUUUUCAUUAAUACAAAAGUACACAUGUAUUAUCUCUCAAGUAUUUUAUUCGGGUUUAAGAACUUGUAUUAUCUCUACAUUUUGUGUGAGCAUAUUGUUUUUAAGCUUUGUGGGGAGAUGUUCUUCUCAAAACACCCCAACACAACACAAGGAUACAAAGACUGAACAUCAAUAUCUCCGAUCAACAAUUUAAAAUAAAUUAACCAAGAACAUACGUCUUUUUUUUUCAAAAAAAUAAAUUGGAAUAUAUAUACCUGAAUUUGUUUCUUCCUUUUACGGUUUGUUGUUCGAAAUGAUUAUGUGUAUCACUUUCAUAUAGGACUGGAUAUUUUAUCCGUAAAAUUAUAUUUGAUUCAUUAUUCGUUUCGAUUCAAUCGGAAAUAAAUCUGGAUAUUCGUAAACUUUCGAAGUAAAGAAAAUGCUAAAAUUUAAUAUUCGUUAACUAAGCAAAACACAAAUACUAAAAUUUUAAGAAGCUGAUAUCUGUUCUGCUCCAGAAGAUAUAUAACUACAUGAAUAUCUUGAUUAAAUUUAGAGUUUUAAAUGUAUAGAGUUAUAUAAUUAUCAUUCUAAUACAUGGUUUAAUAAUUAUAUUCACAUUAUUAUUUAUAAAAGUAUUAAUCAAGAAAAUAAAAGAACUUUUAUGACAAUUAUAGCUUUUUCUUAAGUUGUCUUAUUAUUAUGUUUUAACUAAAUUUAAAAUUUACAUAAAAUGUAAUUUCACUACUUAUUUUAAUUUUAUUUUAUAUAUCAUGUAAACAUAUAUUUUAAGAACAAAUUUGUAUCUUUUUCUAGUUUAUUUUCGAUAAACAAAAUAUAUGAAAUAUGCGUAAGGAUUUUGUAAAUAUUCGCAAAUAUCUAUAUAUUUUUCGGAUAUCCAGUUUUCCAGAUAUCUGUAUUUUUCUAAAGCAAAGUAAAUCGGAAAAUUAUAUAUAUGUAUCAUUUGAAGCAAAUCAUAAAUACUGAAAAUUCUAGUAGUAUUUGAUCCGUGUCCAACCCUACUUUCAUCCAUUGGUUGUAAUCAUAUAAAUAACAUGUCUGUAUUACAUAUGUCUGAGAUAUAAACUUUCAAUUUUAGAUUCAGGGGUCAUCCUGAAAUAAAUUAGAUUUCAUACCAAAAACACUAAUUUUGAUGCCACAAAAAUCUUAAAUAAACUAUAAUUCUCAAGCUUUGUAAUUGUUUUAAAGACAGUGAUUUUGAAGUUUUCAACAAAAUGAAACUUACAUAAAAAUAUAAUAUUAGUUCAUUAUAGUUUCAUUUUUAAAUUAGUUUAACUUUUGGACAUACAUUAUUCAUCAAUCUAAUUUUAGUUUAUUUCUUUUUUGUCAAUUUUCUAAUAUAUUCUUACAGAUUGUAUUUGUGUUAUAACUUUUUAAGAGCAUCCUUAUAAAUUAGAAUCCCAAACCUUGAGGCUAGCAUGGCCAAGAACAUGCAAUGUAAGCCAUUUGGAUGAUUCAAAACAUAAAAAAUACAGUGUGAAACAUGCACGAUGAAGAAAAAAUAGCUACACUGAGUAGCAUAAUAUAAAACGGAGGAGGGGGGUGACAUAUUUUUACAUUGGAAAUCAAAUGCAGACGUAGUAAUGUAACUGCAAAGAAACUACGCAUUUUAUAUUAAUUAUCAAUACAAAUUAAAAUUGAAAACAUCAUUUUUAAUGAACAUAUUUGGCUAAUACAGUUAUAUGAUAAAAGAGAGAAUAUAGUAUGUAACUACUUUAUUUACAUCGAUUAUUAAUACAUUAAAACGUGUAUUGUUUGUUCCAAAGGUAAUUAGGAAAAACAAAUACAAUAUUCCUAUAUAGAAAUGGAAAACAUUUUUUUUAUAAAACAAAACUAGAUAAACAUUGCUUAUAAAAAUGAGUAAGAUUUUAGCAUCAAUUUUAGUCUAAUAGUUAUAUUUUACGAUCAAUACAUGUAUGGUAGUGGUUUGUAUAAGUGUCUUCACUCCUCACUAUUUAGAUUCAAAUCUGUAUAAUGUAGUAUUGUUACCUAUGUAUAUAAAGGGUUCUCAUAUGUGGGGAAAAAGGCUGUAUCAACUUAGACUUCUAGCAGCUACUUUUCAUAGAACAGAAGUUAGAAACGGCUCAUGGUUUGAUUGGUGGUUAUAUGUGGUGAAUUAAAUUUACCAAGAUCAGGUACCGAAGGGGAUGUAAUACGUCGAUAUCGUGUAACAUCUUUCUUCCUUAAAAGCUGCCCCAACAUUACAAAGUCAAAGCCUAUUAUCUUAAACCUUAAUCAUCAUUCGAAGUCUAUAUUCAAUAUUCAGAAACCUUAAUCAUCAUUCGAAGUCUAUAUUCAAUAUGCAACUACACUUGUUCGAAAACAACUUCAAAUUUAAAAAAUAUCAUUCUAGAUUGAAAAUACAUCAUACGUUUUUAGAUUGGGAUUCGGCCCGGCCCAUUAUACUUAUGUGCCGACCAUUGUUGGCAGAGUAUUCCGGUUAACCUCCAAAGUCCAAACUCAGCCUAAGUACAUUAAAGUUAUACUAUAACGAACGAAUAAAGCCACUUCAAAAACCCUAUAAAUACUCUAAGGAAAGCUCAUCAAUCCAAACACAUCACACAACGUUAGAGCAUCAUUAUCGCCGUAUUUAAUGGCGUAUCUUAUGGUUUUUGGUGAUUAAAAAUAAAUGGAAAACACAUAAUUAUGUUGAAGCCGUGUCUUAAUUUGGGGACGGAAGAGGCGUAUGUUCGUGGACACGUGUUGGCGUAUGGGAGCCCAGAGGAGCGGUUUCUUCCUGCGGCGUCGUUUCAUUCUUCUCUCUCUCUCUCUCUCUCUCUCGAAAUUUCUCUGCAUGCGACGGAAAAGGCGACUCUGUCUCUCUCAGUGUCUCCUUGACGAAACGCCUCUGGCUGACUCCGCGUCUGUCGUCGACGAAGGAAAACGGAGUUUCUGUCCCUCGGUGUGGUUCUCCUCGACGUUGACGGUUAGAUUCUGUCUCUCGGUGGCUCUCUACGGCGGCGACGAUCGCUCUCUGUGGUGGGUCGGUUCGAAUCAAGAGGUAAACCUUCUGAAUCGCCUUCUUGAAUCAAGCAUGUAUUAGAUUGUGGUUCUUCUGUUAGGAGAUUGAUUUUAUAGUUGUGUUCGAUACUGUCUGUGGAAUGAUUUAUUUGUUGUGUUGGAUCGAUUGACAUUUUGUUGCUACUUUAUUAAUAUUGAUUUGGUUUGUGGAUGUUAAUUCAAGUUUUUGUUUAUGUCUUUGUGUUGUGGGAUGGAUGGAUCACAUACGCUUUGAUUUGUUCUGUGGAAUGAGACACGAGGAAGGUUCUUCGAACAAAGGACUCCAAUUACAAUACAGGAGCAUUGGCGAUGACAGAAAAGUUGUCAGAAGAGACAUGUAUAGAGAAGAUCAGAAACGUGAGUAGGAUCACGGAUUGGUUGUUUUUAGUUUUCUAGUGUCACGGACUUGUUGUUUUUUAGUUUUCUAGUGUCUUGUGAGACUUGUGUCUUGUAGUGUCUUGUGAGACUUGUGUCUUGUAGUGUCUUCUGAGACUUGUAAUGUCACUCGUGAUACACGUCACUCUUGUAAUGUCACUCGUUUUUAUAUAUUGCACUUGUGUAACUCUUUUAUAAAACUCUCAACACUCACAUAUCUCUCGACUUGUAACUCUUUUAUAAAACUCCCAACCCUCUCUAUUUUCUCUCUUUUAUCAUUUACAAACCGAGAAGAACACUUAAACAAACUCUAAAGUCUUUCUAUAUUCUCUCUUUUUAUUCUCAAAAAAAUUCUCAAAUCUCUCAAGUCUCUAUAUUCUCUCUUUUUAUUGGCGUAUUAAUUCCCAACACUCUCAAGUCUCUUUAUUAUUUUCUUCACCCCUAUGGCUUCGUCUUCUCAAAAUGAUGAGUUGGAUGAUGCAUUUGAUGAGCUCUUUGAUCAAAAAUUUGAUCAAUUUUUUGAUAACGCGUUUGAGAAGUUUACUCUUCAAGGAGACAAAGAAGAACGAAGAAAAAAAAGAAAAAAGCGAGUUUUUAUCGAAAGAAAUCGUGAAGAAGGGCAUAUUCGUUUGUGGAAUGAUUAUUUCAGUGAUACUCCAACGUAUCCUAAUAAAAUUUUCAGACGCCGUUUUAGAAUGAACAAGCCAUUGUUCAUGCACGUUGUUGCUCGACUCUCCAACGAAGUUGAAUAUUUUCGGGAAAAGAAAGAUGCUAUCGGAAGGAUUAGUCUCUCUCCCCUUCAAAAGUGUACCGCAGCCAUUCGUGUCUUGGCGUAUGGUUCUGCUGCUGAUACGGUCGAUGAAUACCUCCGGCUCGGUGAAACAACAACUCGGUUAUGUGUGGAAAAUUUUGUGGAAGGGAUAAUAUAUCUGUUCGGCAAUGAGUACUUACGAAGACCAACACCGGCUGAUCUUCAACGAUUACUUGAUGUUGGAGAGUAUCGUGGAUUUCCCGGGAUGAUAGGAAGCAUCGAUUGUAUGCACUGGGAGUGGAAGAAUUGUCCCACCGCUUGGAAAGGGCAAUAUUCUCGUGGUUCGGGUAAACCAACAAUCGUUUUAGAGGCGGUUGCUUCGUAUGAUCUUUGGAUAUGGCAUGCGUUUUUUGGACCUCCAGGUACCUUAAAUGAUAUCAAUGUUCUUGAUCGCUCACCUGUUUUUGAUGAUAUAAUACAAGGUAAAGCUCCGAAUGUCACUUUCACCGUCAAUGGAAGAGAGUAUCAUAUGGCUUACUAUCUUACCGAUGGUAUUUAUCCGAAAUGGGCUACUUUUAUCCAAUCUAUUCCUCUACCACAAGGUCCACAAGCAGUUUUAUUUGCUCAACGUCAAGAAGCUGUCCGAAAAGAUGUCGAGCGUGCUUUUGGAGUCCUGCAAGCUCGCUUUGCCAUUGUUAAAAAUCCAGCGUUGUUUUGGGAUAAAACCAAAAUUGGAAAUAUAAUGAGAGCAUGUAUCAUACUCCAUAAUAUGAUAGUGGAGGAUGAACGCGAUGGAUAUGCACAAGUUGAUGUUACGGAGUUCCAGCAAGGAGACGACCACGGAAGUUCACAUGUCGACCUCGCGUAUUCUACAGAUAUCCCUUCAAAUAUCGCAAAUAUGAUGGGUGUUCGAACAAGGAUUCGUGAUCGACAAAUGCAUCAACAGCUGAAAGAUGAUUUGGUUCAACAUAUUUGGCGUAGAUUUGGACAUGACGGAGACAACAACUGAUCUUCCAUGCUUCUUUCGAAUAAUUGUCGUUUAUUGUAAUAAUAUUUGUUUUUAUGUUUUUAUUUAAAAGUCUUUGUUUAAAAUGUUAUCUUUUAUUAUGUUUUAUAUUAUA